AUGACCGCUGAUUCUUCUCACCGCCGCGUGGACCAGGAGCCGGCGAGCAGCGACGGCCGGGACGCAGCGCUUACACUGCAAGCUGUGUACGAGCCGCUCAAGACCACACCCAGCAGCACUAGAUUCUUGACUAUCCAACCGGCGAAUCGGCCUAAUGAUCGCAUCUCGUGCAAGAUCUCCGAGACUCCAUUCGGAGAGCUACCCGCGUUCAAGGCGCUGUCCUACCAAUGGGGCAACGAAGCCGCCACAGAAUGCAUCGUCCUCAAUGGCGUCGAGUGUCCAGUCAAGCAAAAUUUGCUUGACGCGCUGCAUUAUCUGCGUCGCAAAUGGCCGGCGGAACGGUUCUGGAUCGACGCCCUCUGCAUCAACCAGGCAGAUAACAACGAGCGCAGCGCGCAGGUCAGGCUGAUGCGGACAAUUUUCUUUCGUGCAUCUGCCGUCAUCGUCUGGCUAGGGAAAGACUAUGAAAAGUACGCACCAGAGCUCCCGCAGCUGCAGCGGCUUGGUCAUGGGUCAAUGAGUAAGGCUACCAGUGGUGCAGAAGCGGCAAUGCCAAACACCACACCAACCGAGGCUGAGGCUACAAAAGCCGCAAAUGAAGAUGACGUUUCCAGCUUGCCGCUGGCCAAAGACUUGUAUCAGAAUGGCUAUUGGAACAGGGUAUGGAUAGUGCAAGAGGUUGGCCUCGCCGCGGAGCUGAUUGUGUGUUUUGGAGAUUAUGCCAUCAACUGGGGUGGCUUUAUCCACUUGUUAACCAUGCACCAUGUGGGAAACGAGGGGCCAUUGAAGCUUCAUGAGCAGCGGCGUAGACGAUAUGAGGGUAGCUGCAAGCUCAUCCAACUACUCCACGACUACAAAGACGCACAGUGCCACGAUCCCAAGGACAAGGUGUAUGGCUUGAUUGGCCUCGCUGCCGACGCACGCUUCUUCCCAAUCGAUUACAACAAAAGCCGAUUUGAGAUUUGGAGGGACGUCAUGGAAUUUGCAAACCAAGGCAAGAUGCUCGCCAACGACGAAAUUAUAUCUACGGGCAGUCUUGUCAAGUAUCUCCUUAUGGGGGCGGGGUGCGAGCCGCUCGACCAGAUCCUGCGAAGCUAUGCUCCUGCAGAAGAGGCGGCCGCGCUGGUGAACCAACCCAAUUCGCCCAAAGUCUUUCAGGUGCCGGCAAAGGCGCUCGGGUGCGUCCGCUACAUUGGCCCUCCGCCAAACGAGAUUGUGAACGACCCAAUGAAACAAGAACUGUGGGAAGCCGUGGUGCAGGCCUGCAAUACUGAUGAUGCCGGAUCAGCGCACGCUGAGAGUGACAUGCUCCUGAGAAAGAUGGUUAUGCCAGGUGGGCCAGAUCUUAACGGGACCUGCUUCACGUAUAGCAGUGUGGUGCAGUGGUCGGCGGGGAGCCACAUGGGGGGUGGCUUGGAGUCGUAUCAUGGACAGGCUGUCGAGAAGUGGCAGGCAAAAAUAGAAGCACCUCAGUAUAGCUCGGGAUCGGAAAAGGUGCAGGAAUCAUUGACAGAGGGCGUACGGCUCUACCAGCUGGAUUCCUUCUUUCGUUCCAAAGAUUGGAAGAUGGGGGUGGCAUCCAGCCAGGUGCGGCUGGGUGACUUGAUCUGCUGGGUGGCUUCAUCUCGCAUGGCGAUCAUUCUGCGACCCCAGUACAAUGACCGUUCCAAUCGGUGGACUUUGCAAGCUGUAGGCACAGCGGCUGUGGCGAAAGAUUUGCAAGGCAUUUCGCCCGAGGCGCAUCGUCGUCGGUAUAAGAACUUUCCCCAGUCUCGUGGUUAUAGUGAUACUAGUGCAAGCCUGACGGUGCACUUGGACGCGACCUUUCUAUUCAUACUACUAGAAUCUGAAAGAAUAUUCAAAGAGUUAGAUUAG